AUGACAGAAGACAAGGACGGCAACAAACGCAGCGUCGGCGAUGAACCUCAUCAGUACCAGGCUGGCUCGACCACCCACCGCGAGGAAGACCAGUGGAAGCACCGGCCGCCAUAUCGCGUCCACGAAAAAGGCACGUUCGACGUGAAGUGGAGGGGGAAAUGCCAUUGUGGCGCCAUCCAGUACGAGCUGAGUCGCGAGAAGCCGCUGGCCUCCAAAUACUGUCAUUGCACGACGUGCCAGCGGAUGCACGGGGCUCCAUUCCAAUGGGCUGCCAUCUUCCACAAAACCGACAUCAACUUUACCAGCGGCCACCACGAUCUUGGCUGGUACGACCCGACCAGCAAGUCGACUACGCACCACCUUCCUUGCAAGGUCCAGUGUGCCUACUGCCGGUCGCCCAUCAUGGACGAGGGGAGGAACAUGAUCCUGCUGUUUCCCACCCUCAUCGAGGGUAUCAAGACCCCUAGGGGGAGAGAGGCGUUCGAGGUGCAGUCUCACAUGUUCUACCCGCAGCGGGUCGUCGACAUCAAGGACGGGAAGCCCAAGUUUCAGGGCUUGGCCGACGAGAGCCCGCUGGUUGACGAAGACACCGGUGAGGUCAUUCCUGGCACCGAGCCAAAGAAGGAAGAUAAGUGA